AUGCACGAGGAGCUGGGCGAGUGGAAGCCGUCGGAGUUCCUGCGCCACCUCCAGGGCCUAGCGGGCGUCAGCGUGGACGAAGAUUUUAUGAAGACCAUGUGGAUCGGCCGCCUGCCGCACGGAAUCCAAACUGUGUUGGCCGGGCAACCCAGCACAGCGACGCUAGAAGCCCUGGCUGACCUGGCGGAUAGGGUCAACGACCUAGCUUCAGCGACGCCACGCGUGGCAGCCGUCGGCAACGCAGUACCCGGCUCAGUGAUCAGCGACCUCGCCAAAGAACUGGCGGAACUUCGGCGGGAGCUUCGGGAGUUGAAGACUGGACCUGGUCGAACCUCCAGAUCCCGCACCUCAUCCGCGCGAGGCAGCCGCAGCAGCUCCAGGCAACGCUCCGAAUCGAAUUAUAGAAAAUACCCAACAUGCUGGUAUCAUAGCAAAUUCGGAGAGAAAGCCAGCAGGUGCACCCGCCCAUGUGACUACUCUUCGGAAAACGCGAAGGGCGGUCGAUAA